CUUUUGUUAAGAUUGAUAAAACUAUCUUGUUUUAAAAAAAACCUCUCAAACGACGGCGAUGGCGAUAGCUUUUUAGGGUUUUCAUGCUCUUUCGAAGAUGGGAUCCGGGUUCUCAAGGGAUAAAACGGAAUCGAUCAGAUCUCUACCAUAAUGAUAAGAUCGGGAGGAUUCGGGGACGAAAUGGAACUAUGGCAAUUAGGGUCAUUUUGGUUCGGAGAAUGAUUUUGUGGGUCGGAGCAAAUACUGGGAGUGAAGGGAGCGUAUCAUCAUUAGGAUCUUCGAAAUGGAUGCGGAAAUGCUUAUAUUGGUGUUUGGUCAUAUGGUGGAGGCGAAGUGGGAGGAUUGGAAAUGGGUGGGUCAACUGGAGUUCUUUGAGAGGCUGGAUCUUUUUAUCUGUCCUAUCUACAGCACUGCAAAUUUUUAACUUGAUCUCAUCAAACCAGUUACAGAGAAGAGAUACAGAUAUGGAAAAGACUAGAAGGUGUUUGUUAAAAGGGAUACAGAAAACAGUUAAAAGGAAGGUGGAAACUUUGGUAGCUGACAUUCGUUUGGUUACAAAUGGUGCAAUGGAGACUCUACACUUAUCCCAGAACGUGGGAGUCCUUUGUCCUAUAGGGAACAGGGUUGACCUUAUAUAUGGACUGAAAGCUUUGUGUGUUUGUUGGAGUUUUUUCGUAAUUUUAUUAGACAUGAGAAGUGUGCACGGCUGGGUUUGGUUUAUUUUAAAAUGGUUACGGUUGCUGGGCUCAAGAAUAGGGGACGAAAGGAGAUCAUUACCUCCGCAAUUCUUAGCUCGAUGGAGCUUACUUUAAUUUUUUUUUUAUGAAAGUUCUCAGUUGGAAUUGUCGUGGAAUGGGAAGUAAAUGGAUAAUAAGUUACCUCCGUGAAAUUUGGUACAAAUAUAAACCUGAUUUUUUAUUCUUGUCUGAAACAAAGCAAGACUUUGAGUUUGUCAAAGGUUUUCAAUCACAUUUUGGUUAUGAUAAUUUGGUUACGGUAGACCCGAUUGGGAGGAGUGGUGGUUUGGCCCUCUUUUAUAAUAAUGAGCAUCAGGUCAAGGUUCUAUAUACUAUAAACGUAUGAUAGAUGUGGAGGCAGAGGUAAAGGGGAAGCAAGUUUAUUUAACUUUUGUAUAUGGUGAUCCUGUCCAGAAGUUAAGAGAACAAGUUUGGGAAAGACUUACUAGGUACGGGAUAGCAAGAAGUGACCCUUGAUUUAUUAUUGGAGAUCUGAAUGAGAUCACUGGAAAUCAUGAAAAAGAGGGAGGUACUUUACGUAGUGCAGCCUCCUUUGUCCCUUUCAAUAACAUGAUACGAAAUUGUGGAUUAUUAGAGUUUCUAGCUUGGGGAAACAAAAUGUCAUGGCAAGGAAGAAGAGGUAAAGGGAAAGGGGCCACGACAAUUAGAUGUAGAUUGGAUCGCGCGUUAGCGAACGAAGAUUGGCAUACACUUUUCCCAACUUCUUAUACAGAAUAUUUGGGCUUGAUAGGAUCGGAUCAUCGUCCAGUAGUGGCUUUUCUAGAAGACAAGGUUCCAAGAAGAAAGGGGCAAUUUCGUUUCGUUAAACGAUGGAUAGGACAAGAGGGACUUAUGGAAUCUAUAACUAUGG